AUGGAUAAUACUAGAAAAGUAAUAAAAGACUUCAAAAUCCUCCGUGACUUGAGCUACGAACAAGUUCGUGACAAAAUAAUGUCAAGGGAGUUAUCUGUUAACACGGUGGUAAAAGUUUUUGAGAAAGAUCGAAUGAAAGUUCCGCAUUUAAAAUUAUUACCACUGACCGGACCCGAAAAAAAUUUUUUCGAAUAUACUAUUCUUCACUUGGCUCUUCAUGUAGACGACGAUAAUUUCGUAGACUUCCUCCUGGAGAACAAUGCCGACACGAAGCUGAAGACAAAACAUUUGGCACCGGUAAUUUUAUGGGCGAUAAGUUUAAACCGUUUGAAGUACGUGAAGAAAUUAGUGACAGCUGGAGCUAUUGUCAAUCAGGUUAUCAGUGUAGAAGACACAUAUGAGAGUUAUUGUGAUAGGCUUAAUAAUGAAGAUCAUUAUAAUGAUCAUCUGCCUCAUGAUGAGUACACACCUCUGGAAUUUGCUGUCAAUCUAAAUGCAUAUGAGAUUGCUGAAUUUCUCAUCAGCCAGGGCGCUGAUGUUCACGGGAGAGAUUUCAAUGGUGAAGACUCGCCGAUGGGUAUCGCUGCUUUGGCAAACAACGUAGAAAUGUUGAAAUUGCUGAUCAAACAUGGCGCUAAUAUUAAUGCUGGAGACAUCAAUGGUGUGACUCCUCUGAUGAAAGCAGCUAUUGAAAACGAUAACUUAGCAAGUCGCAGGUUUUUGCUGAGUCAACCUGUUAUAGAAAUAAAUUCCCUGACUAAUGACAAGAAGAGAUCUUGUCUUCAUUUUCCAGAGCCUUGGUACAUUGAGUAUCAAACUUUUAAUCCUGAGUCUAGUCUUUAUGAUCUUCUGGAUGCAGGUUGUGAUAUCAAUAUUGUGAGCGAUGAUGGCAAAUUACCGAUUGAUAGCUAUGAAGACAAAAUAUUGUUCUUCGAGGUUAUGAAGAUGCAUAUUGUUAAGCUGAUGGCGGCUGGCUUUUACGUCUGCGAUGGUAAUAAAAAAGUUGUUUCAGGAAGUAAAUUAAGAAAUUUCAGAGUUAAAUGUGAUAUGGAAGUUGAAGUCAUGAAGAAUACUAACGGAAUAAUGGCUGGAUUUUCCUUGCUUGAUAUACUGCACAGAUCUUAUCACAAACUGGCGCUGAGGAUCAAGGAUGGAGAUGAAAAUAAGUUUGACGACAAAAUGGCGGCCAAGUUUCCUCUGUACGCAGGAAUGAUUAAGUAUCGCUUGGAAAAAGCUGGUCAGCGAAGAAAAUUGUUCAAUCAAGUGGAAAAUAUUCUCUAUGAAGUUUUUUCUAGAUAUCUUCCUGCUACUUUUAUUCAUGAAAUGUUUUUUUAUUUUAGUAACUCUGAAUUGACCAUGAAUAAUACCAGAGAAGAAAUAAAAAACUUCAAAAUCUUUCGUGACUGGAACUACGAACAAGUUCGUAACAUUAUAAUGGCAAAAGAGUUAUCUGUCAACACGGUAGUAAAAAUUUAUAAGAGAGAUCGAAUUAAAAUUUCAAGUUCAAAAUUCUUACCACCAACCGGAACCUGCCAAUCUUUCUUCGAAUAUACUAUUCUUCACUUGGCUCUUUAUGUAGAUGACGAUGAAUUUGUAGACUUUCUCCUGGAGAACAAUGCCGACACCAAGCUGGAGACAGAACAUUUGGCAGCGGUAAUUUUAGCGGCGAUAAGUAUGAAUUGCUUGGAUUAUGUGAAGAAAUUAGUGGCAGCUGGUGCUGAUGUCAAUCAGAUUAUUUGGGUAUGCACUACGUAUGAGAGAGACAGUGAGAAAUUUAAUGAUGAAAGUAGUCAUCAUCGUUAUUAUGAUGAGUAUACACCUCUGGAAUUUGCUGUCAAUCUGAAUACAUAUGAGAUUGCUGAAUUUCUCAUCAGCCAGGGUGCUGAGGUUCACCGAAAAGAUGGCAAUGGCGGAGACUAUGACGACUCGCCGAUACACAUCGCUGCUUCGUGUGAUAACGUAGAAAUGUUGAAGUUGCUGAUCAAACAUGGCGCUGAUGUUAAUGCUGGAAACAACCUUGGAUUGACUCCUCUGAUGAAAGCAGCUGCUGAUGACUAUAACCCAGAAUGUCUUAGGUUGUUGCUAAGUCAAUCUUCAAUAGAAAUAAAUUCUUUGACUGAUGAUAACAGAUCUUGUCUUCAUUUCCUUGGGGCUCUGGGCAUUGUAGAUAUUGAUCCUCAUUGUAGUCUUCAAGAUCUUCUAGAUGCAGGUUGUGAUGUCAAUAUUGUGAGCGAUCAUGGCGAGUUACCGAUUGAUACCUAUGGAGACAAAGAAACGUACCGUGAGGUUAUGAAGAAGCAUAUUGUUAAGCUGAUGGCGGCUGGCUUUUACAUAUGCGAUAAGAAUAAAGAAGUUAUUUCAGGAAGUGAAUUUAGAAAAUUUAGAGUUGAAUGUGAUACAGAAGUUGAAGUCAUGAAGAAUACUCACGGAAUAAUGGCUGGAUUUUCCUUGUUUGAUAUACUUCACAGAUCUUAUCACAAAUUGGCGCUGAGGAUCAAGGAUGGAGAUGAAGAUAAGUUUGACGACAAAAUGGCGGCCAAGUUUCCUCUGUACGCAGGAAUGAUUAAGUAUCGCUUGGAAAAAGCUGGUCAACGAAGAAUAUUGUUCAAUCAAGUUGAAAAUAUUCUCUAUAAAAUUUUUUCUAGAUAUCUUCCUGCUACUUUUAUUCAUGAAAUAAACUUUGAAUUGAUCAUGGCAAAUUGUAGAGAAAUAAUAAAAGACUUUAUAAUCUAUCGUAACUUGUCCUACAAAGAUGUUCGUGACUCACUAAUGUCAAACAAGUUACCUGUCGACAUAGAAGUAAAAAUUUAUGAAAGAGAUCGGAUUAAAAUUCAAAACUUAAAAUUCCUACCCCGAUACGGACGCCGCAAAGAAUAUUUCAAAUAUACUAUUCUUCACGUGGCUCCUCAUGUAGACGACGAGGAAUUGGUAGACUUCCUCCUGAAGAAUAAUAUCCUAACGAAGCUGAUGGGGACAGAAGAUUUGAAAACGGUAAUUUUAUCGGUGAUGUGUGCAAAAAACUUGAAGUACAUAAAGAAAUUAGUGACAGCUGGUGCUGAUGUCAAUCAGAUUAUUGAUGUAAAAUAUUCACAUAAUAAGGAACAAGUCGAUUGGCUUCAUGAUAUAGGUUAUAAUUAUAUGUAUCAUAUCGAAUAUACACCUCUGGAAUGUGCUGUGAAUAUAAAUGCAUAUGAGAUCGCUAAAUUUCUCAUCAGCCAGGGUGCUAAUGUUCACGGAAGAGAUGAAAAUGAUGGGGACCUUCACGACUCACCAAUGGCUAUCGCUGCUUCGUCAAAUAACGUAAAAAUGAUUGAAUUGCUGAUCGAAAAUGGCGCUGAUAUCAAUAUUAGAGAUGAUAAUGGUUUGACUCCUCUGAUAAAAGCAGCUCUUGUUAACAGUAAUUCAGAUAGUCGCAGAUUUUUGCUAAGUCAACCUGUUAUAGAAAUAAAUUCUCUGACUAAUAACGGGAAUUCUUGUCUCCACUUUCCAUUUAUUUGGAAUAGCUCUAAUGGUGAUCCUGUGUCCAGUCUUGAAGAUCUUCUGGAUGCAGGUUGUGAUAUUAAUAUUGUGAACAGUCGUGGCAAGUUACCAAUUGAUACCUAUAAAGACAAAAGAAGGUGCCGUGAGGUUAUGAAGAAACAUAUUGUUAAGCUGAUGGCGGCUGACUUUUACGUCUGCGAUAGGAAUAAAGCAGAAGCUGUUUCAGAAAGUGAAUUAGAAAACUUUAGAGUUGAAUGUGAUGGAGAAGUUGAAGUUAUGAAAAAUACUUAUGGAAUAAUGGCUGAAUUUUCUUUGUUUAAUAUACUGCACAAGCCUUAUCACCAAAUGGCGCUGAAGUACAAAGAUGGAGAUGAAGAUAAGUUUGACGACAAAAUGGCGGCCACGUUUCCUCUGUACGCAGGAAUGAUUAAGUAUCGCUUGGAAAAAGCUGGUCAGCGAAGAAAAUUGUUCGAUCAGGCUGAAAUUAUACUCAAUCAAAUUCUUUCUAGAUAUCUUCCUGCUACUUUUAUUUAUGAAAUUAACUUUGAAUUGAUUGAAAAUGUUCUCUAUAAAAUUUAUUCUAGAUAUCUUCCUGCUACUUUUAUUCAUGAAAUGUUUUUCUAUUUUAUCAUGAAUAAUACCAGAGAAGAAAUAAAAACCUUCAAAAUCUUUCGUCAGUCGAACUACGAACAAGUUCGUGAAAAAAUAAUGUCAAAGGAGUUUUCUGUCAACACAGUGGUAAAAAUUUAUGAGAAGGAUCGAACUAAAAUUUCAAGAUCAAGAUUCUUACCGCUAACCAGAGACGGAGGAUUUUUUUUCGAAUAUAGUAUUCUUCAUUUGGCUGUUUAUCUAGACGACGAUAAUUUCGUAGACUUCCUCCUGGAGAACAAUGCCGACACGAAGCUAGUGACAAUAGAUUCGGCACCGGUGAUUUUAUCGGCGAUAGGUUUGAACCGCUUGAAGUACGUGAAGAAAUUAGUGACAGCUGGAGCUAUUGUCAAUCAGGUUAUCAGUGUAAUAGACACAUAUGAGGGAGGAAGUGAUUGCUAUAGUUAUGGAGGUUAUCAUUGCUUUAAUUAUACUGAGUAUACACCUCUGGAAUUCGCUGUCAGUCAGGAUUCAUAUGAAGUUGCUGAAUUUCUCAUCAGCCAGGGCGCUGAUGUUCACGGAAGAAUUGGCAAUGAUGGAGAAUCUGCCGACUCACCGAUGGGUAUUGCUGUUUCGUCAAAUAACCUACAAAUGAUUAAAUUGCUGAUCAAACACGGGGCUGAUAUUAUUAUUAGAGACGAGAAUGGUUUGACUCCUCUGAUGAAAGCAGCUCUUGUUAACAGUAAUUCAGCAAGUCGCAGGUUUUUGUUAAGUCAUCCUUUUAUAGAAAUAAACUCUCUGACUGAUGACAAGAGUUUUUGUCUUCACUUUCCAGAUAUUUGGGAUGACACUGGUGAUCCUGCGUCUAGUCUUGAAGAUCUUCUGGAUGCAGGUUGUGAUAUUAAUAUUGUGAACAGUCGUGGCGAGUUACCAAUUGAUACCUAUAAAGACAAAAGAAGGUGCCGUGAGGUUAUGAAGAAACAUAUUGUUAAGCUGAUGGCGGCUGACUUUUACGUCUGCGAUAGGAAUAAAGCAGAAGCUGUUUCAGAAAGUGAAUUAGAAAACUUUAGAGUUGAAUGUGAUGGAGAAGUUGAAGUUAUGAAAAAUACUUAUGGAAUAAUGGCUAAAUUUUCUUUGUUUGAUAUACUGCACAUAUCUUAUCACAAACUGGCGCUGAGGAUCAAGGAUGGAGAUGAAGAUAAGUUUGACGACAAAAUGGCGGCCAAAUUUCCUCUGUACGCAGGAAUGAUUAAGUAUCGCUUGGAGAAAGCUGGGCAACGAAGAAAAUUGUUCAAUCAAGUUGCAAAUAUUCUCUAUAAAAUUCUUUCUAGAUAUCUUCCUGCUACUUUUAUUUAUGAAAUUAACUUUGAAUUGAUCAUGGACAAUCUCAGAGAACAACUAAAAGAAUUUAAAAUUUUCCGUAAAAUGAGCUACGAAGACGUUCGUGACUCAAUAAUGUCAAACGAGUUAUGUGUCAAUACGGUGGUAAAAAUUUAUAACAGUGAUCGAAUGAAAAUUCCUAUUAGUUCAGAAUUCUUACCGCCAACCAAACCCAAUGAAUAUUUUUUCGAAUAUACUAUUCUUCACCUGGCUCUUUAUGUAGAUGACGAAGAAUUCGUAGACUUCCUUCUGAAGAACAAUGCCGACACCAAGCUGGAGACGGAACAUUUGGCACUGGUUAUUUUAUCGGCGAUUCGUUUAAACCGGUUGAAGUACGUGAAGAAAUUAGUAGCAGCUGGUGCUAAUAUCAAUCAGUCUAUCCGGGUAAAAGACACAUAUGAGAAACAUAGUAAUAGGCUCAAUACUGAUGAAGGUAAUAAUGAUACUCAUGGUUAUUAUAAUUGGUAUACACCUCUGGAAUUUGCUGUCAAUCUAAAUGCAUACGAGAUCGCUGAAUUUCUCAUCAGCCAGGGUGCUAAUGUUCACGGAGAAGAUUACAGUGGAGAGUUUGACGACGCGCCUAUGAGUAUUGCUGCUGCGUCAAAUAACGUAGAAAUGAUUAAAUUGCUAAUGAAACAUGGCGCUGAUAUAAAUGUUAGAGACAUAAAUGGUUUGACGCCUCUGAUGAAAGCAGCUCUUAAGGACGAUAACUCAGCAAGUCUUAGGUUUUUGCUGAGUCAACCUUUUAUAAAAAUAAAUUCGCUGACUCGUGACAAGUGCUCAUGUCUCCAUUUUCCAGAGCCUUGGUACAUGAUGAAUGUCCCUGUUGAUCCUGAGUUUAAUCUUCAAGAUCUUCUGGAUGCAGGUUGUAAUGUCAAUAUUUUAAACAGUCACUGUGAGUUACCGAUUGAUACCUAUGAGGAGAAAGAAAAUUGCCUUGAGGUUAUGAAGAAGCAUAUUGUUAAGCUGAUGGCGGCUGGCUUUUACGUCUGCGAUAGAAAUAAAGAAGCUGUUUUAGAAAAUGAAUUAAGAAACUUCAGAGUUGAAUGUGAUACAGAAGUUGAAGUCAUGAAGAAUACUUAUGGAAUAAUGGCUGAAUUUUCCUUGUUUGAUAUACUGCACAUAUCUUAUCACAAACUGGCGCUGAGGAUCAAGAAUGGAGAUGAAGAUAAGUUCGACGACAAAAUGGCGGCCAAGUUUCCUCUGUACGCAGGAAUGAUUAAGUAUCGCUUGGAAAAAGCUGGUCAGCGAAGAAAAUUGUUCAAGCAAGUGGAAAAUAUUCUCUAUGAAGUUUUUUCUGGAUAUCUUCCUGAUACUUUCAUUCAUGAAAUGUUUUUUUAUUUUAGUAACUUUGAAUUAAGUAAAUUAGAAGGAAAUUAA